AUGAAGGUCAUCAUCAUUGGAGCCGGCCUUGGCGGUCUCACUGCUGCUUAUGCCUUUGCAAAGAGCGGCUAUGAUGUCCUAGUCCUCGAGCGCAGCCCAAAGCUAAACCCUACGGGAGGCGGCAUCAGCAUCAGGCCAAGCGCAAGCCGGGUCAUUCAGAGCUGGGGACUCCAGCCAGUCCUGGAACAAAUCUGCGACAGGUCACCGUCCGUUACCUACCGCGAGCUGAACACCGGAGAGAUCCGAACCACCGUCGUUGACGCUCCUGAGCAUGCCGACUUGGGGUCCACCAGAAGGGCCUUUGUCAAGCUGCUUCAUCACCAAGCGGUUCAAGCCGGAGCACAGAUUAGAUGCAGCGCAAACGUGGCAAAAGUUUCAGAUGACGAAACAAAGGCUACUGUGACGCUGGAGAGCGGAGAGGAGCUUGUAUGCGAUCUUCUCGUGGCCGCAGAUGGCAUCAAGUCUCACACUCGCCGUACCGUGCUAUCAGACCUUGGCCCUGCCGAGAAAUGGGACCCAAUUGUCGACCACACUACCUUCUACAGCUUCGACAUGGCUGCCGCCGAGCUUACCGAUAACCCGAGCUCGAUGAAGCUGACGGAAAACUCAAACAUCACCACCUGGAAGGGUGAAGGCGGCUUUGCCGUGACUCGGUAUAGCUCCAAGUUCGGCAGGAUCGGUCUUCUGUUUGCCAUCCAGGGAGACACGGACCAGAAGGGCCUUUGGGACGAAAAGGGCGACAUUGAGUUUGUGCGCCGCUUCUUCAAGGAUGCAUGCAGCGACAUGAUCAAGGCUCUAGGCAUUGCAAAGACCUGUGACCGCUGGCGAGUCGCCGAAGUGCCCGACCUGCCACGUUGGUCGAGUCAGGCCGGCAGGAUUGUGCUGUUGGGCGAUGCCGCUCACGCAAUGCAUCCCAACGCCGCGCAGGGGUACUCGACUAUUAUUGAGGACAUUGGCGUGCUGCAGUUCCUCUUCUCCGCCGUCUCCUCGGCUUCAGUGCCGCAGAUUGUGAAUGCCUGGCAGGCUAUUUGCAAGCCUAGAGGGGAGCGCGUAAAGGCGUUUUCGCGAUGGAACACGAAGCAUCUGUCAGGAAGGACGGAGCAUGCCAUUGGCGUCUCGCACGCCGAUAGUGUGCUGGAGAAGAUUGUGCCGGACAAGAAUGCCGAAUUCAGUAGUCUGGAGUUUUGGAAGUGGAACGUAGAGUACGAUGCCAUUGGCGAGCCUUUGCCGACUUUCGAGCCCAUUCCGUGGGAGUUCAUCCACGCCUACCCACAGAACCCUUUGAUAGGGGACUUCGAACUCAUCCUUCCCAGAGCUUUUGACCCCCGCAUCCCGUUUGGCUGGGGUUUCACUAUCUACCGUGCCGUUUUUGGUGAGGGGACGGACACCCGUUUCGCCGAGGGCCUGAAUCGGUUUGAGAAAUGGAUGAGAUGGCAGACUAGGAUGUCGCGCUAUGACAAUGGAGGAGGAUAUAGCACCCCGCGUCCACAAGAUAUUCCACCGCCCGGGCCUGACAUUAGUGAUGAUCUCGCGGCGCGACUGUAUAAUGAAGUUGUGGAAGAAUACCCAGACGCUCAAGAUGUAAUCACUGGGCCGGAAGGGAGCGAGGAUUUCACCCCUGUUGCCCUCGAUUUCAUCUCCCGAGUGGAAUCUUUUAAUAUCGACUUUGAUGCGUGUGAUUGGGACGAGGGCCGGAGACACGCCCGCUAUGAUACUUGCUUGGUCAUCGAUGAAAGAGUCUUGAAAAUGCUCGAGGAGCUUCCGGAAGAUCCCCCGGAAGUGAUUCUUCGUGAAAAAUCUGACCCUGUGAAAAAAUCAACAGAUGAGCUCCUCCGGAAGACCUGGUUAUGGAUCUUGGAUCGAGAGACCGCAAUGCGGAUUGAGGAGGGAGAGGAGAGUCCAGCAGUGGAAUUCCCUCCUUGGAUUCGGAUUCGAUUACAUUCACUACAAUAUCUGUUCUUCAUGAGAGCUCGGGGCUUCAUUCCUAGGGGCUGGCCGUACGUAGUGGAAGAAGAUAAGGAACACUGGGAUACUAUAAGGUGGUGGAGCUCAUCAGGACGCCUCAUUACAGAUUGCCGGCGGUAUUAUCGUGCUGAGAGAAAAGGAGGAGAUGAAGAGGCUCGGGACAGUAACUAAUAGGAAAUAACGCUAUCCAGCUGCUACCUACCUAUCUACUAUAUGUAGCAGGUAAAUACAUGUCAAGUAUUCGAAUCUCGUGGUACAUGUAUUUGUAUCAGAGUUAUGCAUAGCUACUAAGAGGCAUCAAGAUAGAGUUGCAGUAAAGGAUUAUAGCAUGUCACUGCUUACUCAUCCCAACCAAACCCAAUCCAACUGCUGCUAUUGCUGCAGGAACCAAGAAUCGUGCACAACAAUGACUGGAAUGUUGGAGCAGAGAAGUCGAAGCAAUAUCGAGGACAUGCUGGGGAAAUAUUG